AUGAAUCUAAAACUCGUCGUAUUCCUGAUUGUCCUCAAAGUCUAUGAAGAGCUGGCGGCUCAAUCUUCGACCAAUGCAGAAUCCGUGACAUCUCUAACAAAUUCCACUGAAUCAUCGCCUUCUACAACGGGAAAUGAAGCAACAACUCUGUCGGAUUCUACUAUUACAUCGACUGUACAGGGAUCUGAGGCAUCUGUUAAUUCUACAGUAACUGUAACAACGCCAACUGAUCUACCAACGACAGUAACUGAACUAACUGGAAUAAACGCCGAUAUUACGACAGCUGAAACGAGUUCAACCGUUCUAUUAACAACUGUAUCAACAAAUGAAACAACCACUGAAACAGGUACAAGUGAAUCGACAACAUCUAUAACUGCCAGUGAAUCUACUAUUCAAACCGAUUCAACUGAAUCACCAACAACUACAUCGGUGAGCGAAAUAACAACUGAUUUUGCAACAACUGAAACGGGUUCAACUGUUUUACCAACAAGUGAAACAACCACUGAAACAGGUACAAGUGAAUCGGCAACAACUAUAGCAGUCAGUGAACCCACUACCCAAACAGAUUCAACUGAAUCACAAACAACUAUAUCAGUGAACGAAAUAAUUACUAAUUUUACGACAGCUGAAACAGUUUCAUCCGAAUCAUCAACAACUACAUUAGUGAGCGAAACAACGACUGAUUCUACAAAAACUGAAACAGGUUCAACUGUACUGUCAACGACUGUCUCAGAAAGCGAAACGACAAGAGCUGAUUCGCCAACUACUGCAACAAGUUCAACUCUAUUCUCAACAACUAUAACAGAGAAUGAAACUAUGACUGAGCCAACGACAAGUACAGUGAUUAAUAUAACAUCAACUGAUUCUACGAUAACUGAAACAAGUUCAACCGAAUCGUCAACUACAUCUGAGAAUGGAACAAUCGUUGAUUCUACGACAGAUGAAACGUCUUCAACUAUAUUUUCGACAACUAUAGUAGAGAAUGAGACAUCUACAGAUUCCAUGACAACUGGAACAAGUUCAACUAUACUUUCAACGACUGAUUCACAUAGCGAAACGACAACGACUGAUUCGCCAACUACUGCGACAGGUUCUACUCUAUUGCCAACAACCAUAACAGAGAUUGAAACUACGGCUGAGUCAACGACAAGUAUAGUGAAUAAUGAAACGUCAACUGAUUCUACGACAGCUGUAACAAGUUCGACCGAAUCGUCAACGACAAUCGUUGAUUCUACGACAAAUGAAAUGUCUUCAACUAUCUAUUCAACAACUAUAGUAGGGAACGAGAUAUCUACUGAUUCUCCGACAACUGUAACAGGUUCAACUGUAGUAUCAACGACUGUUUCAGAGAGCGAAACGAUAACGACUGUUUCGCCAACUACUGCAACAGGUUCGACUCUAUUGCCAACAAAUAUAACAGAGACUGAAACUACGACUGAGCCGACGAAAACCGAAGCAACUUCGACGGAGUCACCGACAAGUAUAGUGAAUGAUGAAAUAUCAACCGAUUCUACAACAACAGAAACAAGUUCGACCGAAUCGGCAACGACUUUAUCUGAGAAUGAAACAAUCGUUGCUUCAACGACAGCUGAAAUGUCUUCAACUAUCUUUUCGACAACUAUAGUCGGGAAUGAAACAAUUACUGAUACUACGAUAACUGAAACAAUUUCAACUGUUCUUUCGACGACUGAUUCGCCAACUCCUGCAUCAGAUUCUACUCUAUUAUCAACAACUGUAACAGAGAAUGAAACUACGACUGACACAACGACAACCGAAGCAGGUUCGACUGAGUCCCCGACAAGUAUAGUGAAUAAUGAAACAUCAACCGAUUCUACGACAACAGAAACAAGUUCAACUGAACCGCCAACGACUUUAUCUGAGAAUGAAACAAUCGUUGCUUCAACGACAGCUGAAAUGUCUUCAACUAUUUUUUCGACAACUACAGUAGGAAAUGAGAUCACUGAUUCUACGAUCACUGAAACAAUUUCAAGUGUACUUUCAACGACUGUCUUAGAAAGCGAAACAACAACGCCUAAUUCGCCAACUACUGCAACAGGUUCUACUCUAUUGUCAACAACUAUAACAGAAAAUGAAACUACGACUGAGCCAACGACAACCGAAGCUGCUUCGACUGAAUCACCGACAAGUAUAAUGAAUAAUGAAACAUCAACUAAUUCUGCGACAACUGAAACAAGUUCGACUGAAUCGCCAACGACAACCGAAGCUGCUUCGACUGAAUCACCGACAAGUAUAAUGAAUAAUGAAACAUCAACUGAUUCUGCGACAACUGAAACAAGUUCGACUGAAUCGUCAACGACAACCGAAGCUGCUUCGACUGAAUCACCGACAAGUAUAAUGAAUAAUGAAACAUCAACUGAUUCUGCGACAACUGAAACAAGUUCGACUGAAUCGCCAACGACAACCGAAGCUGCUUCGACUGAAUCACCGACAAGUAUAAUGAAUAAUGAAACAUCAACUGAUUCUGCGACAACUGAAACAAGUUCGACUGAAUCGCCAACGACAGUAUUGGGGGCUGAAACGUCGACUGAUUCUCCGAUAACUGAAAUCGGUUCAACCGUUUCGACAACAAUUUUAUCGGGGACCGAAACAACUACGGAUCCUACGACAACCGAAACGAGUUCGACUAUCCUGUCAACGACUGUAUCAGAGAAUGAAACGACUGCCAUUUUUGAGACAACUGAAACAUAUUCAACGACUUCAUCAACAAUUGUGACGGAGACUGAAGAGACUACUAAUUCUAAGACAACUGAAACUAGUUCAACUAUCCUAUCAACGACUAUAUCAGGAUUUGAAACAACUACUGAAAUUCGCUCAUCUGAAUCACCUACAACAGCAUCGGAGAUUGAAACAACGACCGAUUCUACGACGACUGAAAUAAGUUCGACCGAAACUUCUUCGACUAUUUUGUCAACAACUUUAUCAGGGGAUGAAACAACUAGUGAUUCUACGCCAACUGAGACGGGUACAGCUAUCUCCUCAACUACUUUAUCAUCGAGUCAAACAAUUACUGAUUCGACGACUACUGAAAUGAGUUCAACUUUUUUGUCGACAACUUUAUCAGAAAGCGAAGCAACAACUGAUUCAACGACAACCGAAAUGGGAACAACUGUUUUAUCGACAACUCUAUUAGAGGUUGAAACAACGACUGAUUCGAUCACAACCGAAACGGAUACAACUGGUUUGUCAACGACAAUAGCAAAGAAUGAAACAACUACAGAGUCAAGAACAACUGAAGUAACUUCUACCGAGUCAGAGACAACUGCAGUAGAAAAUAAAACGACUACCGAUUUAAUGACAGCUGUAACAGAGUCUGCCGAUGCAACAACGACGAUAAGUGCCGAAGGCACAACACAGUCUGCAGCAAUAAUUAUGUCUGAUUUCGAUUGGGUUAUCACAGAUUCGUCGUCGAAUGAAAGCUGCAUCUUGGCGAGUAUGGACAUAACUUUGACGGUCACCUAUACGACUACCGACGAAGAGACGUCAUCUGGUAUCGUGUUGAUUCCAACUACAGCAACGGCUUCCGGUAGCUGUGACGAAUCUGAUCAUUACCUGACGUUAACCUGGUCAGAGACAACAGCGGGCAGCAUAUCACUCCGUUUCUCAAAUGACGGGACGGCGUCAACGGUGGACAGCAUCGAAGCCGUGGUUUAUCUAAACGAUACAACGUUCCCCAGCGCUAAAGAAAGCACAGUAACUGCCGAAGGGAACUCCGGGCUAGGCCUCUUCCGAACAACUUUGGGAGUUGGGAAAUACGUUUGCAGUAUUUCCCAAACGGCGGAAUUGAGCUCGGAAAUAAUCGCGACGUUCAGUAACGUAAAAUUAAUUGCUUUCAACACAGAGACCGACGUGUCCAGUCGAACAGAAGAGAACUGCCUCGCCUUAGCAGGUGUGAACGUGGGCGUCAUCGUUGGUGGCGGAAUUGGGGCUGGCAUAGCAAUCGUCAUUCUCGGGGUUGGCAUAUGGUAUUCGCAAAGAGAGGUCAUACCCCGUUCAGAUUUGCCCUGAGCUCGGGUAAAGGAGGGA